UAUAAAUGGUCCAUCAUUCGGCAGCCAAAAUCACCACUGCAAAACAACUCAAAAAAAUAUUCAACAUGGCUGCUAGUUUACGACCCCUCUUCUUAGCAAUAAUACCCCUGCUGGUGAUUUCAUCCUUGAUCAGGUCCUCAGAAGGCGAAGGAGUUGGGUUCUACUGGGGCCAAAGUCUUCAUGAUGAAAACCUGGCUGAGAUGUGCAACAACAGUAUGUAUCGCUACGCGGUUCUCUCCUCCCUAAAUUUGGCGGGUAACAGACCAGUCUUGAGCAUAGAUGACAAGUGCAAUCCGAGCUACCCGGCUGGCUGCGCCUACCUAGGUCAUAUGAUAGAUUUCUGCAAGGGCCAAGGCAUCAAAGUAUUGCUUUCCCUUGGCGGGAGGCCUGAUCUUUCUUCUGAUGAUGCUCACAAUGUUGCAGAAUAUAUCUGGAACAAUUUUUUGAGUAAUAAUUCAGGCCCUGGUCCUCUCAAUGCUACUGUAGAUGGAAUAGACUUCCGUAUCCAAAGCGGAUCAAACCAGAGUCUGGAUGUUCUCGCCCGGGCACUCAGGAAUUAUAGCACACCUGAAAGAAAGGUGUACUUAUCUGCAGCACCACUCUGUCAAAUUCCUGACUAUUAUCUUCACGAUGCUAUCAAAACUGGCGUCUUUGACCACGUGUGGGUGCAAUUUUUUGGUGAUCCUUCAUGUAAAUUCUAUCCACCCAUUUGGAUUGCAUGGUAUUGCUAUCUAGACAAAUAUAAUACUACAUUAUCCCUGGGAAUAACCAGAAAUCCCGACACCGACGGCUUCAUCCCAUGCGAUGAUCUAUUUACAAGGACGUUCUUUGUGGUGCAGUUUCCCAAAUUUGGAACGCUCAUGGUGUUUGAGGGCAAAUACGAGUGCAAUUUUAGCGCUGGUGUGCUUCUGGCUUCUGGUAAAAAGUCCAUGAAUAAGUUCUACGCCAUCGACUAA